AUUCUGUUUGCUUCCGUCCGACAGGAACAUUUGUUUAAUAUUUCUUUUGCCAAGCAGCCAAUUCCUCUACCCGUUCUGCCCUUCUCAGUUUCUCCAGUACAGGAUCGAGGCUUCUCCUGGUAGCCUCUCCGUCGGAGCGCUCCCCGCCGCCUGCACAUCUCCCUGGCAGUGGCGGUUGCCUCCACCCUCAGCGCCGCCCAGAUCCCUCGUCCUCACCUGUUCUCUAUCGCGGACCCUGAUCUGUCCAUGCUCAAGAAUCAAUCCAGAGUUAAGUUGUAUGGAUCCUGCUGAUGUUCCAGAAGGGAUUGAUCCCAAGAGUGCGUGCAGAGUGGAGGUCACUGUCAAUUCCUACUUCACUAUGCAAGAUGGUAGAAAGGAAUAUAAUCGAGGCAAGACAGUAAGCUAUGUUGUUGAUUCAGAAGAAUACUCAGUUAUUGAUUUAGAGAAAGAUAUUGCUUCAGAAUUUAAAUGGGGGAGCGACCAACAGCCUAAUUUCUGGGUUCUAACAAGGGGUAAUAUGACAAGCAAGUUGGCUUCAGAUGCACAACUUCUUGACUUGUUAAGGGCAUCUAGAGUAGUGAAGUUAUUAAUGAUAGUGGGCAACUGUGAGCACAAUGUAGGACAUGGGCAUAUUCCUGCUACAUGGAACAUACAAGAAGAGAUACCUGUUGCAGUGAACAUAGAAGAAGAGAUGCUUGAUGCAAUGGAUAAUAAUUUGGAGGAAGCAGAUGGAGGAUUUGCAUGGGCAGAAAUACCUGAAUAUGGGGAAACAACUGCAGGGCCACCAAUGGCUAAAGAGGAAGAAAAGGAGCACUUUAUCACUGUUGGGUGCGAUCCUAAUGGAGAUAAGCCAGCUGGAAUAAAUGAAGAAUGGAGGUACUUUAAAAGUGUUGAUCAUGUAGCUAUUGAUCCACUGCAAAAUCUUAAAGUUGAGGGACAGAAAAGAAAGAGGGCAAGACCUGUUUUAGAAAUAAGAGACUUUGAUACUGAAGCUGUUCCUGAGGAUGAGACUACUCUGCUUGAUGUUUUUAUUGUGCCUCACACAUCACAUGACAGUGAGAAUCCAGUCAUUAAGGAGGGUGACACCUUUGUAGACAAGAUUGCUUUUGUCCACACUAUUAAGCAAUAUGCCAUCAAAAAUGAGUUUGAGACUAGGAUUGAACAUAGUGACAAAGAAAGGUACAGGGCAAGGUGUGUAGAUGAAAAUUGUGAUUGGAGAGUAUAUGCAAAGAAGCUACAUGGUGGCAACACAUUUAUGGUAGUCAAACUAUCAGAAUUGGAUGUGCACACUUGUUCCAGUCAAACAUCUCAGAAUGCUUCAACAAUUGGAUUAAAGAUUACAAAGAUCUCCCAGUCGCUGAUCUAAUGGAUAAGAUUAGGGAGAAAAUUAUGGAGAAGAUUUAUACAAGGCAAGAGAUAGCCAAUCGAAUGGAAGGGCGUAUCCUACAAAGUGUGAUACAUGAGUUGAACAUGAAGAGCAGAGGAUUGCACUAUGAAAUCGUGAAGAGUGGACUGUUGUCAGCUGAGAUAUCAGGAAUAACAAAAGAAGGGAAGAAUUGGAGAGUUGCAGUUGACAUUAAGAAAAGAACUUGUGGAUGUGGACAGUGGCAGAUUUCUGGAAAACCUUGCACUCAUGCAAUAGCUCUAUUUGGGAAACUUAGAAACCUUAACAUUGAGGACUUUGUGGAUGACUACUAUUCAAUUGAGAGGUUCAAAAUGGCUUAUCAGUUUGUGGUCGCUCCGAUGGGUGACAAGACUCAAUGGCCAAAAAUUGACCCUGGGUUUAAAAUGGUUCCUCCAAAGCUAGAAAGGCCUGCUGGUAGACCAAGAAAGAAAAGAAUCAAGGCUAGUGGAGAGGCAGGAAAAAGAGGCCCAUAUCAGUGCAAAAGGUGUUUUCAGUUUGGACAUAUAGAGAAGGGCUGUACUGCUACUCAAGCUGAAUUAGAACAAGAGCUUCCACCACCUCAUCCAAAGAAACCAAAAAAACAAAGAAAAUCCAAAUCUGAAGCUGUUGAAGUCUCUAUGGUUGAUGUCGAGCCAUCUCAAACCGACGGUGUUCCAAAAGUGAUGUCUAGCCCAGGUGUAACAACAAGAAGCAUGUCUUCUGCUUCUCCAACUAGUCCAGGUCCUACAACAAGGAGGAAGGCAUCCAUCUCACCAGGAGGAAUUAAUCGGAGGCUCAUUAUUAGCUAGAUAUAGUAGUUGUCAUUCUCUAUUUUGUGUGUGGGCAUGGCUGUGCAACUAUUUUGUGUAACUAUUUUGCCGCUAUGCAACACUAUGUCUGAUGGUGGUGCUUCUAUAUUCUGAAUUGCAAGAACUCAUUUAAAUGUUGCAGUUAUGGUACUGAAAUGGCAUCAAAAUUAUAUAUAUA